UUGUUCCGUAAUCAACCAUUCCUCCAAUCGUGAAGUAGCACACGAAAAAGGGCAUUUUUUGCAAUUAAUAUUUAAACCUUGUGGAUCGCUUUUGGAAAUUUAGUCCUAGGCUAGUAAUAGUUAAAGAUGUCUGAUUUAUUAUCUUAUAGUAUUAUGAAUAAUGGUGGGGAGAAAUUAAAACCAUUUAAUUUAUUACCUUUACCCUUACCCUUGCCAUUACCUUUGAAAACAAAUAAUGAUAUAACGACCAACCACCCCAUUAUCUUACCACCCAUUAAUAAGUUAACCGAAAAUAAGUUGACGGAAAAUAACUUGAAUAACCAUAAAAACUACUCUUCACUAAGUCCAAUUUCGUCACCCAAUUUAUCAAACGUUAAAUUAAACGUUUGCACAAAUAAAAAAAGAAGACAGAGAUUGGGGCCAUCAUGUGACUCGUGUCGCUCAAGAAAAGUUAAAUGCAAUGCCGAAAUUACGAUUUUGUCUAAUGAUUUGAAUAAUAUCCCCAUACACUUAUCCCUGGACCAAAUCGAUGGGCUUUUCAAUUUGAAAAAACUGAUUAAAGUAAAUGAUUUUAAUCUUGUUAUUUCAAAUGAUAAAUUGAUCAAGUUUAAAAUAUGCGAAUCCUGUGAAAAUAAACACUUGAAUUGUUGUUUUUCAAAAGGUUUCACCAAAGAAGACAUCUUGAUGAAUAAUAAAAAAACCUCCGAUUUGGUCAUUAAGAAAAAAUCAAUUCCAAUCGAAGGUAAAAUUAAAAAAAAACCCAUCAACAUUUCUUACGAUAACACUAGAAAAUCUUCUUGUGGUUCUUGUAGAAAAAGAAAAGUAAAGUGUGUCUACAAUGCUUCCAUUCAAAUGUGUGAAGGUUGUGCUAAAAAGGGUCAUGAUUGUUUAUUUGACUCAAAGUAAAUACAUUUUUUGGUAACGUAUGGCGGUGAACCGGUUCAUCUAUAGAUUUUUAGUUCUUUACAAUGUUUAAUUCUUAUUUGUUUAAUUCUUAAUUUUAAUUUGUUAUAUCUUGUUUUCGGAGAAGUCAGGCUGUAGUAAGGAUGCCUAAUGCCCGAGGGCUCAUCGGACCCGACUCCGAGGUGGC